AUGACCAAGAAGGAACACCCCGAAGAACUCGACAAGAGUUCGGCAGUCCACGAUGAACAUGCCGACACCAAUGCGCCUGCUCUUCUAUCCUCGGAAGUGAAGUAUGACGCCGGAAAGCUCAGGGACCUAAUUCAAAACCCCUACCCAUUCGGUGCUGCGUUCUUGGCAUCAUUCGGUGGUUUUUCAUUUGGCUACGAUCAGGGGGUCAUAUCGAUCAUUCUCCAAUCCCCCGAAACGUCCCCGGACCAUGCACACUAUGGCUUCAAUGUGGGACUUAUGACUGGGAUGCUGGAAUUGGGGGCUUUCAUCGGUGCCGCCAUUCAAACAGCCGCGCAAAAUCAUGCUACAACCGUGGCCGGUCGAUUUAUUAGGGGGAUUGGCGUCGGCACCUUGGCAAUGGGUGCCCCAUUGUAUAUAUACGAGAUCUCCCCGCCUGCAUGGCGUGGAUCAUUCUUGGUUCUGGAGGCAAUCAGCAUCGUCAUCGGAGCAGUUGUAUCGUACUGGAUCACUUAUGGAACAAGAUCCAUCCCCAAUGCUUGGGCCCCUCAUUGUGGGCUAAGCAUUCAUCCAUUUCCCUUCUCACCCCGCUGGCUGGCGAUGAGAGGUUGGGAUCAGGACUCUCUCGGCUGUUUGGCGAAAUUGCGCGGACGGUCUCCGCAAGACGAGAAGGUGCAAUUGGAAUGGAAGGGAAUCCUGUCGGAGGUCCGAUUCCACCAGGCGCUCCUCGAAAGGGAGUAUCCUGACCACGCUCGUCACCCGCUCUUUGUCGGCUUUAAACAGUGGGUCGAUAUCUUUCGGCCAAGAUACCUGAGGAGGACUCUUCAGUUUUCGGGAAUCAACGCAUUCGUGUAUUAUGCGCCCACAUUCUUCGAAGCCCUGGGACAGAGCGACAAUAACUCACUGACUCUAUCAGGAAUGGUCAAUGUCUGUCAAUUCAUCGGAGGCGUUCCGAUUAUGCUGUAUCUGGAUAAAGUGGGGCGGCGUAAACUGGCCAUCUACGGUGGAAUAGCCAUGGCAAUCCCGCAUCUCGUAAUGGCGGGGUUAAUGAACCAAUUCAGUAGCGAUUGGGCUACACAUCAGGCAGUUGGGUGGUUCUGUGUGGCCCUGAUUUGUAAGCUGUCAACCUCGAAUGCUUCUGCGCAUUUACCACUGAUACGGGUGUUUCCUAGCUCCAAACGUGCCAAGGGGGUUGGUGCCGCUACGGGGAUGAUUUGGUUGGCCAACUUCAUUAUCGGGGUUGUCGUGCCGGAGAUGCUCCUUAAGCUCGGAUGGGGGACGUAUCUCUUCUUUGGAAUUUUCUGUGUGGCUGCCGCCGUAUUUUCAUUCUUCUUGGUUCCAGAGACAUCAAACAAGUCGUUAGAGCAAGUUGCCGCGGUAUUCGGUGACGAACUCAUUGAUGAAGAGCGGAACCUGCAAAGCCGCAUUGCCGGCGAGGUGUGGCAUGGCUAUGGCAGUCAUGCGGAGAAGGAAGCGCGGGUCUGA